GCCAGCAAUUCGUGCAGUCACGUUUUGUGGAGCCCCAAAAAUCUCACCAAAACACAUAAUAUUAUAUAAAAUUCAUCGAACAAUCACAUUAAUCGUGUUCCCCACUUUGUAUAAUUGUUGAUCACCUAUAUAUAAUUUACAAAAUUAUCUAAACAUCAAAUUAAAUCUUUCCUGAUAAUUGUACGUCCAUCCUUAAUACACAUGAACAUUAUGGCUAAUAUUUCUCUAUCAUCUAUUCUAAUCCUAAUUUCAUUCAUUAUUCUAUCUCACAUUGCAUUAUCAAUUCAAGCCAAUGACUACUACAACACCCCAAAACCCAUUUCAAACAAAGUCCCCAAAAUUAGUACUAAAAUCCCCUUGAACUUAAUCGACUCAUGCUGGCGCGCCAAGUCGAAUUGGGCUACUAACCGCCGAGCCUUGGCGGAUUGCGCCGUUGGCUUUGGCCGAAACGCCAUAGGAGGAAAAUACGGGAAAACAUACACAGUCACAAGCUCAUCCGACGAUUCCACAAAUCCGAAACCUGGAACACUUCGUUAUGGGGUGAUUCAAGAGGAACCGCUGUGGAUAGUUUUUGCUAAGGACAUGGUUAUCAAGCUAAAGAGUGAGCUGAUUAUGAAUAAUUAUAAGACCAUAGAUGGGAGAGGAGCUAAGGUGGAGAUAGCGUACGGACCAUGCAUUACGAUACAAGGAGUUAGCCAUGUUAUUAUUCAUGGGAUUAGUAUCCAUGACUGUAAGGCUGGGACAUAUGGCCUUGUUAGGAGCACUCCCACCCACGUUGGGUACCGUCUAGGAGCCGAUGGAGACGCCAUUAGUGUGUUUCAAGCUAAGGAUAUUUGGAUUGACCAUUGCUUUUUCUCACGUAGUAGUGAUGGCCUCAUUGAUGUCAUCUACGGUUCAAAUGCUAUCACUAUCUCCAACAACUACUUUACUCAGCAUGAUAAAGUGAUGCUGCUUGGACAUAAUGACGCAUUCACAGCGGAUAAAGCCAUGAAAGUCACAAUUGUUUUCAACCAUUUUGGGCCUGGACUUAUCGAAAGAAUGCCAAGGGUGAGAUUUGGUUAUGCACACGUGGCGAACAAUAGAUACGAUCAAUGGAAAAUGUACGCAAUUGGUGGUAGUGCUAAUCCCACCAUCUUCAGCGAAGGAAAUUACUAUGUGGCUUCUACUACAAACCCUUACUCCCAUCAGGUCACAAAGAGAGAGCCCCAAAGUGGUUGGAAAAAUUGGAAAUGGAGGUCCUCAAAGGAUGUGUUCAAGAAUGGUGCUUAUUUUGUCCAAUCAGGUUGGGGAAGCUGUAAUCCUUAUUACACUCCAACUCAGUCAUUUAAAGUUGCUCAAGGGGCCAUGGUCCCUGUUUUGACUGCCUAUGCUGGUCCUCUGCGUUGUGUUGUUGGUAAACCAUGCUAAUAUUUUAAUUUCAAUAUAUAUAUACACACAAGUUGGCUAUAUAUAUAUGUCAAUUUACUAUAUAGUCAGUAAUUAAUGGAUAUAUAGUAAAUAUAUAUGCCACAAUAUAUGUAUUUAUAAUUUUGAAGCAUAUUUAUAUAUAUAUAUGUAAUGUAUUUAGCUGUAACUAUAAACCAUGCAUGAAUUGGUAAGUGGAGAGGAUUUUGUAGUUCAUGUAUAAAUCAUGGAAAACAUGAGUUUGGAAUGAACUUUUUCCCUACUAAUUAUCGAAACCCUGAAAAAAUGUGUAUAUAGUCUUAACAAAAUUAAGACUGCAAUACUGGAAUAUAACUUUUGAUUUUCUAUUAAUAGUGAUUCUCUUUUUCUCUUUUCUUGUCGGAUAAUUUGGUUGUCUUAAUGAUGUUAUUAGUAUUUUUAUUAUUA